GUCUGGACGUGCCCGCGAGGGUUCCUCUUUGGGGCACCGCACAGCCCCAACACCGCCAGCCGGCCCGGCGCGAAGGCGGCCGCCGAGUAUUAUCCAGAGUCUCAGGAUCCCAGGUGACCGCCGCGAAGAUCGCCAACAAGAAGGAGCGCCCACCGCAGCCCCGCUACGCCAGAUCCCCUCCCCCACCUCGCCGAGCCCACCGGCCUUCUAGCCCCGCGUCGCUCGUUUUCCGCGCCUGCGCAGAACCUCUCCGCCGCGCGCGCGCGCCUAAAGCCACGCCCCUCCCGCUGGACCACGCCUUCUGAGGCUCCGCCCUCUCGGCCGGAUCCCACCCUCUGCCUGCAGGACCCCGAACCCAAAUGAUCCUGCAGCAGCCCCUGGAACGAGGGCCCCCAGGUCGGGCCCAGCGCGACCCACGGGCCGCGUCAGGGACGCCCCGAGCCCAGGACGUGAGCUCCCCUCUCCGAGGAGCUGUGCCCAUGAGCACCAAGCGGCGCCUGGAGGAGGAGCAGGAGCCCUUGCGAAAACAGUUCCUUUCUGAAGAGAACAUGGCCACCCACUUCUCUCGACUCAGCCUGCACAAUGACCACCCUUACUGCAGCCCCCCCAUGGCUUUCCCCCCAUCUCUGCCCCCACUCAGGAGCCCUUGCUCUGAGCUGCUUCUCUGGCGCUACCCUGGGAACCUGAUCCCUGAGGCCCUCCGGCUGCUGAGGCUAGGGGACACCCCCACCCCCCACUACCCUGCAACCCAAGCUGGAGAGAUAAUGGAGCUCUGAGUGCUGGUGGGCAGUAUCUCUGCCCACCUUCGUUCUUCCCCACAACAGAGAAGACCAGCAUCCCCACUGAGGGACCAGCUGUCCUGAAUAUUCUCCAGACUAGGCCUCUGGGUCCCAGGACCUACCCUCAACAGAGGAGGACACUGAAUCCCACAGAGCCCUGGGGUGGGAGGGACAGGAGCAUGGGAAGGGAGGCAUUCCCCCCAGAACUGAAUAAAGAUUGCUGAGCAAAUGAA